CCCGGAUGGAUCAUGAGUGGCGGUGGUUGGAUCGAGCAUCAUUCAAUAAUGACUUGUGAUCUACAGACAGCCCUGUGGCGAUGAUUUUACGGACGAUUUUAUGUCCCAGAUAGCAAUCGAAGGAACCUUCCUUAUUUCUUCCAAUAGAAUCAUUCCAUGUGACCACAGCCGGAGCCAGAGAAGAGUACUCCUCUCCAUCCUUCCAUCCAACACAGCCGAGCAAGCCAUGAACCCCACCUCCCAUCCUUCUUUGCAUCCCCUCCGGCAGCCUCUCGCACAUAUGGGCAAGCUCACAAUUUGUCAAACACUAAGUACAUCACUCCUCCUCUUCCUCCUCUUCCUCCUCCUCAUCAAAGAAAUUCCUGCGGCGACCGCCGGUUUUGUUCCCGUCGACCUGGCCAAGUUUCAGCCCUUCAACCGCGCCGGCGUGGCUGGCGGAAGUCCCCGCCGUGCUCUAGCGCCGUUCCAGCUGUGCCUCCAGUGCCGGUGCUGCGCGGCCAACGACCCGAGCAACUGCUCCUUGAUGCCAUGCUGCUUCGCCAUCGACUGCGACCUCCCCAACAAACCUUAUGGUGUCUGCGCCUUCGUGCCCAAGUCCUGCAACUGCACCUCCUGUGCCUGACCCUCGGCUAGGUGCCGUCUCCGCCCGGGGAAAGCUGGCGGCCGGCGUCGUUUGGAUUGACUUCUAAGGUGGAGGUCGAUCGACAGAGGCCCGUUUGGAAUAUAAUAUCCGAGUUUGAAGUGUCUUGGUGUAACAGCGGUAUUAGUAUAGUUUUGAGCGUGGGGUUGAAAUUUUACACUGGAUUUCUUUGGCGAGCAAGUGAUUGGAAAUGGAGAUCUGACAUGUAUAUAAGAAUGACGGAAAUUUUUCUUCGGAGAAGCGUGUGCGUGUUUUGGGGGCAGGGGAUGGGACUCGUUUGCUGUUUCGUGCGUAUGGCGCUUGUUAGGUUGAUUCCAUACCGUAUAUACUGAACUUGAUGCUGUACUUGAAUUUUCCUCGCCUCUAAUGACAAUUUUUUCUAGCUUUGAUGAACAA